AUGGCGAGCCAACUGAUGGGCGACGUCCUUCACCAGCUGAUCCGGAGAGCCGCCGACUCGGACGAGCCCGAUGAUGAUGUUCCCAAAGCCGGAAAGAAAGAGUUCUUCAGCUCCUGGGCUCUUUUCAUCCUGAUCAUGCUGUUGAUGUUUGCCCUGUUUACGAGUUAUAUACUGCAACAAAAGAAGAUCCAGGCGGUCCACGAAACGGUUCUGUCAAUCUUUGCUGGUAUGUUUGUCGGGUUGAUUAUCCGGUUGAGUCCCGAGUCGCCUAUACAAGAUAGCGUCACUUUCGACUAUCAGUUCUUUUUCAACCUUCUCCUUCCUCCUAUCAUUUUGGCCUCAGGCUACGAGUUACACCAGGCGAAUUUUUUCCGCAACAUCGGCACUAUACUCACCUUUGCUUUUGCGGGGACAUUCAUCUCCGCGAUUGUGCUGGGCUUGGUUCUUUUCAUCUGGACACGGAUCCCGUUGGAUGGUCUGAACAUCUCUUUCGUCGAGGCUAUAUCUGUUGGGGCCACGCUCUCUGCGACGGAUCCGGUGACGAUCUUGGCCAUUUUCAACAUCUACAAAGUCGAGCCCAAACUUUACACGGUCAUUUUUGGCGAGUCGAUUUUGAACGAUGCCAUUGCCAUUGUCUUGUUCGAGACAGCGCAGAAGUAUGCGGACAGUGAUGCUGGCUCGCUGACGAUCCUCAAUCUCUUUGAAGCUAUCGGACUCUUCCUGCUUGGCUUCUUUGGUAGUAUGCUGGUGGGCAUGAUUGUUGGGAUCAUGACCGCACUGGGGCUGAAAUACACGCACGUUCGUCGCAUGCCUAAGAUCGAAAGCUGCUUGAUUGUCCUCAUCGCGUAUGCCAGCUAUUUCUUUUCGAACGGUGUCCACCUAUCCGGCAUCGUCUCUCUGCUGUUUUGUGGUAUCACGAUGAAACACUACGCCUACUACAACAUGUCACGGCGGACGCAGUUGACCACCAAAUAUCUCUUCCAGGUCAUGGCACAAUUGUCGGAGAACUUCAUCUUCAUCUAUUUGGGCCUCGAUUUGUUGGUCGAAACGAAUUUACAAUUUAAGCCUCUGUUCAUUCUUGUCGCCGUCUUUGGCAUCUGCCUUGCCCGUUAUCUGGCCGUGUUCCCGUUGUCCAAGGCGAUCAAUUGGUUCAUCCGGUACAGGGCACGCCGUCACGGCUUGGAAGUCGCGGACGAGCUGCCCUUCGCCCAUCAAGCAAUGUUAUUCUGGGCGGGCCUGCGCGGAGCUGUGGGGGUUGCGCUGGCCGCGGGGCUUACAGGGGUGAACGCGCCGGCGUUGCGUGCCACUGUCCUGGUUGUCGUCGUGUUGACCGUCAUCAUCUUCGGAGGUACGACUGCUCGCAUGCUGGAGAUUCUUGGGAUUCGGACCGGCGUCGUCGAGGAGAUUGAGUCCGACGAUGAAUUCGACAUCGAGGUCACCCAUGGGGGCACCUAUUACAAACGGUCCGACACCGGCCUGGGAUAUACGCCCCGACGCACGGAUUCUACCAUUCCCCUGGACGGGAUACGGCGAUCAGGUCUCGGUGACAGGACCGGCAGCUAUUCCAGUGGCAACAACCGCCGCCCUAGCCCGCCCCAGUCGGCUCGGGGCCAUGCACGGAUGUAUUCCAACGCCUACACUUCCAAAGAUGCGCGCGAUAGAUCAUCGACGGCGACGCUUCUCGGGAACGGGGCUGGAAUUCACAGCGAUGGCAGUGCUACUAGUGAGGAUGAAUUCGGCCUGAGAGCCGUUGGCCGCGGCCGAGGGGCAUCAGAGCCGGACCAAGCUGAUGCAUUUGAUUUGGAUAUCGAUGAUGGUGCAUCUGACGAUGAUCUACCCCCCUCUGCGCCGGCUGCGGCUUCUAGACUGCGGCGGUCACCGUCACAGGCACAGAAUAUGAUGCCUUCACAAGCUGUUCCUUCGAGCGGAGCGUCACCCACAAGGAGAGAGACAGGACUGAGUGCGAGGGAAGCUCUUCGUGAUUUGUUCUCGGGUGGGCCAUCUGGCGAUCAUGCCGCCUGGUUCCGACAGCUGGACGAGGACUUCAUCAAGCCGCGGUUGCUUCUAGAUCAGUCACACCACAAGGGCCCAGGUGCCGUUUGA